AUGCUUCGACCCCUACGACUGCCCAUACCGAACAUCGCAUUCGCGCCCCUCCGCAUCUCCGCAAUUCCCAGUCACAGCCUCAAACGAACCAUCUCCGCCUCACCACUCCUCGCAGAAAAGCCGCUUCCCCCGCGCAUAAAGCUCGACGAUGCAGACAUAACACUAGCCUACCUCAAGGGCACUGGUCCCGGAGGACAGAAAAUCAACAAAACCAACUCCGCCGUACAACUAAUCCACAAACCCACCGGCAUCGUCGUGAAAUCGCAGGCUACACGGUCGCGGUCUCAGAAUGAGAAAUUCGCGCGCCAGAUUCUGGCUGAUAAAGUUGAGCAGUUUCUGAAGGGGAAUCAGAGUCGUGUUGCGCUUAAGGCCGAGCGCGAACGGAAAAAGAAGGCGAGUAAGAUGAAGAAGAGUCGCAGGAAGUAUCGGGAUUUAGAAGAUGGGAAGAGCGGAAAUGGGGAUGGUGAUGAAGAGGGCGUAAACGCGGGGGCGGGAAUUGAUGCUGCAGAGAGGCCAGAGCAAAGCUCUCAGGCACCGACUCUUACUAUUACUGCAGACGCAAAGCAUGGCGGGUCAUGA